AAUAGCGGAACGGAACAGUAACGGAGCAGUAGUUGAAAAGAGAUAUAUUCAUCAUACAUUCAUUAUUCUCUUUGGCACUGAAGGCAUUGAAGCCAAACUCGUUGCUUGGGUCUUCAAUCUGGCAGCUCUGCUUGUAACACCGGUCGCACUUCUCUGAGCAUAGCGAUAUAUUGGACUCUGUCUCAAGCUAGCUAUCCGUCAACGUAUGUAGCAUGGCAGUGCCCAUUUCAAUAUAUAUAUAGUUCAGUGGAUUUAGGAGUCUCCACGACUCUCUGGUAUCUGGUAUUGCUAGCGUAUUGCUUAGUGUACGACAGUGUACAAAACAUAUAUGAUCAAGAUGGCAUCUGCGGAACAGGUCGGCCUUAAUAAAACAUGGGAACUGUCUCUAUAUGAAUUACAUCGCACUCCUCAGGAUGCGAUUACUGACAAUACGGAGAUCGCGGUUAGUCCACGAAGUUUGCAUAGUGAACUGAUGUGUCCCAUUUGUUUGGAUAUGUUGAAAAAAACUAUGACUACUAAGGAAUGUUUGCACCGUUUUUGCUCCGAUUGUAUUAUUACAGCUUUACGGAGCGGUAAUAAAGAGUGUCCUACAUGUAGAAAGAAAUUAGUUUCCAAACGAUCUCUUAGACCAGAUCCAAACUUUGAUUUAUUAAUCUCAAAGAUCUAUCCAAGCAGAGAUGAGUAUGAGGCUCAUCAGGAACGAGUCUUGGCUAAACUUAAUAAAUCACAUUCACAAGCUGCACUUGUUAACUCCAUUACAGAGGGUAUUAAGUUACAAAGUCAGAAUCGUCCACAGCGCUCCAGAAAAAAUGCUAAUGAAUCUGAAAAUGCAAGUAACGCAUCUUAUAACAAUACACCAAACGUUAGUACAUCUAUUCCACCAAAUACAUCGACUGUAGCAAAUCAAAGCGAUUCUUCUCAAAGUACAACAGGACCUUUGAAUAGUGGAGGUACCACAUCUAGGAAUUCUACUACGCCAUCGCCAAACCCUGCAAAUCAAACUUUGAAACCACCAAAACGACAGAAAAGUCUUCAAAAUUCGGAGAAUGACUCUUCUAGUGCUGAAGCAGAGACUGGUGGCGGUGAUUCUAUGGUUGAUACAGAAGGCGAAGGUCCCAGUGAACCUUUAAUGCUUGAUGAAAUUGAACUCGUUUUUAAACCACAUCCUACAGAAAUGGCUGGUGAUAAUUCUUUAAUUAAAGCAUUGAAAGAAAAUAGUAUUCGUUACAUAAAAACGACUGCAAAUGCUACAGUGGAUCAUUUAAGUAAAUAUUUGGCGAUGCGUUUAACACUCGAUCUGGAUACUGAAUUAUCGGAAUCGGAUAGGUUAUUAAAUUUCUGCAUUUAUAUUGCACCUUCACCCGGUCAACUUGUAGUGCUAAGCGGCUCACAAACAUUGCGGCAAGUGAAUGAUAAGUUUUGGCGUGUUAAUCGACCUUUGGAAAUGUAUUACUCAUGGAAGAAGACCUAGGGAAGGCCUCAAAAGUAUCAAUCGGAUGGGAGUUAGUUAUAUGCUUCAAAAGAAAAAAUAAGUUGUGCCUACUUAUAUAUAUGCAGUACAGUGGAAUGCAUUAAGUGUUAAAAAUACAUAUCGUUGAUGUAUUGUGCUGUACUUCCGUGAUCUGAUUCAAUAAUGGCGAAGAAUGUUUUUUUUUAUUUAUCAUCGAUAAUGGUGCAAAUUUUACAAAUCUGGAAUGAGCCAGUCAUUCUUUUGUUAAUAAAAUUGGGUAAGGCGACUGAAAUGUCUGAUUUAAGCGGUAUUGUACGUCCCGAUACUUAGCCUUUUAAUCUAGAUGCAACUAUACAACAACUAUAUACUAUACAAAAAGUUAAUAUUAUAUCGAAUUACAUUUCAUAUUCAGAUAUUUAAUAUAUUAGUAUAAUUAUA